AAAAAAAUAGAUCUUGUACACAUAUGAAAAUCUAAUAUUUUCCUCGAAGGACAAACAAGUACGGAGUAAUUUAUCUACGCCUUAAGAAAUACGUAAGUUAGCUAAUUUCUACUUCGUAUGUAUGUAGUGCCAAAUAUUCAAAAAGGAAAAAAAAUGUAUGUAGUGCAAAAAACAGAAACCCUUAAAAAAAACGUUUAGACUUAAAAGCAGCCAUGACAUGAAUACAUGAUGAUAGAAUUGCAAGUUGCACUAGCAUAUAAAAAGAAGGGAAAUGAUGAAGUUCAUACUAUUUCCAAAUCAAAGUUGUGGAAAUUCUCUGCUUCCUGCUUUACGCGUGAAGCACUUUGUCCCGGCCACCAUUUCCACUUCUCCACCACCCCCCCAUUCAUCACCACAACGUAUCUUACUACGAAGACGCUAUGGAUUAUAUCAACAUUUGCUAAUGGAGACUUCUAUACAUGUUCUGUUUCUUUUGUGCUGCUACUUUAGUACCUUAUGCAUAGCAAUAGACAGCAUCACAUCAUCAAUAUUUCUGAAAGAACAUGAAUCUAUAGUCUCAAAGAAUGGUGAUUUUAAGUUGGGCUUCUUCAGCCCCUCGAAUAGCACUAACCGGUAUAUUGGGAUUUGGUUUAACAAGGUACCUACAAAUGAUGUUUUUUGGGUAGCAAACAGAAAUAACCCGCUUAAUGAUUCUUCUGGUGUAAUGAAAGUAUCUGCAGAUGGAAAUCUGCAAGUCUUGAAUGGGAGAAAUGAUGUCCUUUGGUCGUCGAAUAUGUCUGUCACUGCAGCAAAUGCCUCUUUAUCAGCACAACUUCUAGAUACCGGGAAUCUAGUUCUGUUUACUUCUGGUACCAAUGGCACUAUGGUCUGGCAAAGCUUUGAUCACCCUACGGAUUCUCUUAUGCCGAAUACAAAGUUGAUUAUUUCCAAUUCUAAUAUGAAGCAUGCUUUACAACCUUGGAAGAGCCCUUCUGACCCAUCAUUUGGGAGAUUUUCUGUUGGGACCGACUCUUUCAUUCAUUCUCAAGUAAUUAUAUGGGAUGGUGAUCGGCCACAUUGGCGUAGUGGUCCUUGGAAUGGGAAUAUAUUUCUAGGAUUGAUGUAUACUGAUGAAGCUACCAACUAUGCAAACACCUAUAUUCGUCAGAAUGACAAAGAUGGAACAAUCGACUUUGUCUAUACUGGUGCAAGUACUCUGGCCUAUUCUCACUACGCUUUCAGCUAUGAUGGAACAAUAAGCGAGAAAUGGUGGGAUGGAAAGAAGUGGCAGUAUGUUUGGGGCGCCCCUGUAACAGAAUGUGAUUUGUAUGGUAGUUGUGGAGCGUUUGGAAGUUGCAAUCCUACAAGUUCUCCUGUUUGUAGGUGUUUGAAAGGGUUCAGGCCAAAGAAUCCUGAGGAAUGGAAGAAAGGAAACUGGACUAACGGAUGUGUACGAAAGGUGUCAUUGCAAUGUGGAAUUCAGGGUGGUAAAGAUGAUGGGUUUUUACCGGUAAAGAAUGUUAAAGUGCCAGACCAUACAGAGUGGUCAGUGGGACUAAAUCAGGUUAACUGCAGAAGCCAAUGCUUACAAAAUUGUUCUUGUUUAGCUUAUGCUUAUGAUGCUGGUGCUGGAUGUAUGUACUGGAGUAAAGACUUGAUCGAUAUUCAAGAAUUUUCAAGUGGCGGGUUAGAUCUUUAUCUUCGCCUACCACAUUCAGAGCUAGGUACCAGUAAUAAGAAAAUAGUUGUUAUUAUAGUGACAGUUAUCUUAGGCACUAUUGGAGUUGCAGCUUUGACAUUAUUCAUCCGGUGGAAAAUUAUGACACAAAGAAAAGCUCAAAGGAAGAAUGAACAGCUGGAGAAUUUGAAGCAUGAUGAGAAUGGACACCAAGUUCAACUCGAAGAGUUGCCAUUGUUUGAAUUCAAAAGGCUUGCAACUGCAACAAAAGACUUUCAAGAUAGCAAUAAACUUGGACAAGGUGGUUUUGGUCCAGUAUAUAAGGGGACACUGGAAGACGGAGUACAAAUAGCAGUGAAAAGACUUUCUGCUGCUUCAGGACAAGGCAUAGAAGAGUUCAUGAAUGAAGUUGUGGUUAUCUCUAAGCUGCAGCACAGGAACCUUGUUAAACUUCUAGGUUGCUGCAUAGAAAAUAAGGAAAAAAUGCUUAUUUAUGAAUAUAUGCCUAAUAAGAGCUUGGAUUUCUUUCUGUUUGAUCCUGUCAAGCGAGAGCUUUUGAGCUGGGAGAAACGAUUCACCAUCAUUGAAGGCAUAAGUCGAGGCCUGGUUUAUCUUCAUAGAGAUUCUAGACUAAGGAUUAUUCACAGGGAUUUAAAAGCAAGCAAUAUAUUGUUGGAUGAGGAUCUUAUCCCUAAAAUAUCAGAUUUCGGAAUGGCACGUAUCUUUGAAAAUAAACAGGAUCAAGAUAACACUAGAAGGGUAGUUGGAACAUAUGGGUAUAUGUCUCCUGAGUAUGCAAUGGAAGGUCACUUCUCUGAAAAAUCUGACGUUUACAGCUUUGGGGUGCUGUUACUGGAGAUUAUGACAGGAAAAAAGAAUAAUAACUUUUGGUUGGAUGAACAAUCACUGACUCUUCUAGGAUAUGUAUGGAAAUUAUGGAAUGAAGAUGACCUUCAGCCUGUAAUUGAUCCAUUAAUAGCUGAACCAACCUUUUCGCCGGAGAUCUUAAGGUGCAUCCAUGUAGGGUUAUUAUGCGUACAAGAAUUUCCAGGAGACAGGCCUAGCACUUCUACACUACUAUCAAUGAUAGUCAGUGACAUAGUAGAUCUUCCAUGUCCUAAGCAACCCGGCUUUAUUAGAAGGUUGGUUUCUUCUGACACCGAUUCCUCUCAAUUACAUGGACCAAAGAGUUCAUCUAGCAGCAAUUAUGUCUCAAUUACACAUUUGUCUGGUCGAUAAUCAUCUGUAAUAUAAAUGAUUCUAAAGUUUUGGUAACAUGACCACUAUUCAGUUUCUAAUAGAAAAUUGAGAUCAUUUCUCCUUACAAAUAUAUAUCCAAUGCAAUCUUACAAAUUUACAA